AACCAAACUCUCUUUCUUCUUCUUUCGGCCCGUUUGUCUUCUCGCCAUCCAUCAAUUCUCUUCCAAUCCGUCGUCGUUUUCUGCUCUCUUUCUCACUCAACUUCACCAUUGUGAUAUAAGAUAGCAUUGUCAAUUUACAACAAUAUGGCGAAUUUACAGAUGACUGGGAUUCUUGAAAAGAUUACUGGUAAAGAUAAAGAUUACAGAUACAUGGCAACAUCUGAUUUGCUGAAUGAAUUAAACAAGGAGGGUUUUAAGGCUGAUCCUGAUCUUGAGCUUAAGCUCUCGAAUAUUGUCGUGCAGCAGCUCGAUGAUGUUGCUGGUGAUGUUUCUGGAUUGGCUGUCAAAUGCCUUGCUCCAAUGGUUAAAAAGAUCAGUGAGCCACGAAUUGUCGAGAUGACUGAGAAGUUAUGCUAUAAAUUGCUGAAUGGGAGAGAUCAACAUCGUGACAUUGCGAGCAUAGCUUUGAAGACUAUUAUUGCUGAAGUCACUACUCCAUCUCUUGCUCAAUCUAUUCAUGCUUCGCUAACUCCAGAGUUGACAAGAGGAAUAACUGCCCCAGACAAGAGUACAGAGAUAAAAUGUGAAUGUCUUGAUAUAUUAUGUGAUGUCCUGCAUAAAUUCGGAAGCCUAAUGGCUAGUGAUCACGAGGUGCUAUUAACUGCACUUUUGACUCAAUUGAGUUCCAAUCAAGCUAGUAUCAGAAAGAAGACAGUUUCAUGCAUUGCAUCUCUUGCAUCAAGCUUGUCAGAUGACCUGUUGGCAAAGGCAACAGUUGAUGUUGUUCAUAAUUUAAGAAGAAAGAGCUCAAAACCUGAUAUGAUUCGUACGAACAUUCAAAUGAUUGGCGCCUUAAGCCGUGCUGUUGGAUACCGUUUUGGACCUCAUCUUGGAGACACCGUGCCAGUGCUGAUUGAUUAUUGCACAAGUGCAUCAGAGAAUGAUGAAGAGCUUCGUGAAUAUAGCUUACAGGCACUAGAAAGUUUUCUUCUCAGAUGUCCAAGAGAUAUUGCUUCCUAUUGUGAUGAAAUUCUUCAUCUUACUUUGGAAUAUCUAAGUUAUGACCCAAACUUUACUGAUAAUAUGGAGGAAGACACUGAUGAUGAGAGUCAUGAGGAGGAGGAAGAUGAUGAGAGUGCAAAUGAAUACACAGAUGAUGAAGAUGUCAGCUGGAAAGUUCGAAGAGCAGCAGCUAAAUGUUUGGCAGCUCUUAUUGUAUCUCGUCCUGAGAUAUUAUCAAAGUUAUAUGAAGAGGCAUGUCCUAAAUUGAUUGAUAGAUUUAAAGAAAGGGAAGAAAAUGUCAAGAUGGAUGUAUUCAAUACAUUUAUUGAGUUGCUACGUCAAACUGGUAAUGUUACAAAAGGGCAGAUUGACACGGAUGAAUUGAGCCCAAGAUGGUUAUUGAAGCAAGAAGUUCCAAAGAUUGUGAAAUCUAUAAAUAGACAACUACGAGAGAAAUCUAUCAAAACAAAGGUUGGUGCCUUUUCUGUUUUAAAAGAACUUGUGGUUGUCUUGCCGGACUGCCUUGCAGACCAUAUUGGAUCACUGAUUCCAGGAAUCGAAAAGGCAUUAAAUGACAAAUCAUCUACUUCAAAUUUGAAAAUAGAAGCUCUUGUUUUCACGCGAUUGGUUUUGUCUUCACAUUCACCUACUGUUUUCCACCCCUACAUCAAGGCUCUUUCUAGCCCAGUUUUAUCUGCUGUUGGUGAGCGGUACUACAAAGUGACGGCUGAGGCAUUAAGAGUUUGUGGGGAACUUGUCCGUGUUGUCCGCCCUAGUAUUGAGGGCUUUGGUUUUGAUUUCACACCUUAUGUUCUUCCUAUUUAUAAUGCCAUAAUGUCACGCUUGACAAACCAAGAUCAAGAUCAGGAGGUUAAGGAGUGUGCUAUUACUUGCAUGGGACUUGUGAUUUCAACAUUUGGUGAUAAUCUUACAGCGGAAUUACCUUCAUGCCUACCUGUGCUCGUUGACCGGAUGGGAAAUGAGAUAACUAGGCUUACAGCUGUAAAGGCAUUUGCUGUCAUUGCUGCUUCACCACUUCACAUAGAUCUCUCAUGUGUUUUGGAGCAUGUAAUCACAGAGUUGACGGCAUUCCUGCGAAAGGCUAAUCGAGCACUGAGGCAGGCAACAUUGGGGACACUGAAUUCCCUAAUUGUAGCUUAUGGUGACAAAAUUGGUGCAUCUGCUUAUGAAGUUAUUAUUGUUGAACUUUCAACAUUGAUAAGUGAUUCGGACUUGCAUAUGACUGCUCUUGCCUUGGAGCUCUGCUGCACUUUAAUGGCUGACAAGAGGUCAAGCCUGAAUGUUGGUUUAGCUGUUAGGAAUAAAGUUCUUCCUCAGGCUCUAGCAUUAAUUAAAAGCUCUUUGCUGCAGGGUCAAGCUCUUAUGGCUUUACAAAGCUUUUUUGCUGCCUUAGUCUAUUCUGCAAAUACAAGUUUUGAUAUUCUGUUGGAAUCUCUUCUUUCGAGUGCUAAACCAUCUCCACAGUCAGGUGGGGUUGCAAAACAGGCUCUUUACUCUAUAGCCCAGUGUGUGGCAGUUCUCUGCCUGGCUGCUGGUGAUCAGAAAUGCUCAACAACAGUGAAAAUGCUCACUGAUAUCCUUAAAGAUGACAGCAGCACAAAUUCAGCUAAGCAGCACCUUGCAUUGCUAUGUCUGGGUGAGAUUGGAAGAAGGAAAGAUCUGAGCACGCAUGCACAAAUAGAAACUAUUAUCAUUGAAUCCUUCCAGUCUCCUUUUGAAGAGAUAAAGUCUGCUGCCUCUUAUGCUCUUGGGAACAUCGCUGUUGGUAAUUUAUCCAAAUUUUUACCAUUUAUCUUGGACCAGAUUGAUAAUCAACAGAAGAAACAAUAUCUCUUGCUUCAUUCCCUGAAGGAGGUUAUAGUUAGGCAAUCUGUAGAUAAAGCAGAGUUCCAGGAGUCUAGUGUUGAAACCAUACUUAAAUUAUUAUUUAACCAUUGUGAAAGUGAUGAAGAGGGUGUUCGUAAUGUGGUAGCUGAGUGCUUGGGUAAAAUUGCGCUUAUUGAACCAGCAAAACUUGUUCCUGCAUUGAAGGUGAGAAUUGCUAGUCCAGCAGCAUUUACUAGAGCAACAGUUGUCAUUGCGGUAAAAUAUUCUAUAGUGGAGCGGCCAGAGAAGAUUGAUGAGAUUAUAUACCCUGAAAUCUCAUCAUUCCUUAUGCUUAUCAAGGAUCAAGACAGGCAUGUUAGGCGUGCAGCUGUCUUGGCCUUGAGUACAUUUGCUCACAAUAAGCCUAAUCUCAUCAAGGGACUUCUUCCAGAACUGCUGCCACUUCUUUAUGAUCAAACAAUUGUUAAGAAAGAGCUGAUAAGAACAGUUGAUCUUGGUCCUUUCAAGCACACUGUGGAUGAUGGACUCGAGUUGAGGAAAGCUGCAUUUGAGUGUGUAGACACAUUGCUGGACAGUUGUCUUGAUCAAGUGAACCCUUCAUCUUUCAUUGUACCUUACCUAAAAUCUGGUCUUGAUGAUCAUUAUGAUGUUAAAAUGCCUUGUCAUCUUAUUCUUUCUAAGCUUGCAGAUAAAUGUCCAUCUGCUGUAUUAGCAGUGUUGGACUCAUUGGUGGAUCCUCUCCAAAAGACUAUAAAUUUUAAGCCAAAGCAAGAUGCUGUCAAGCAAGAAGUAGAUCGUAAUGAAGACAUGAUUCGCAGUGCCCUUCGAGCAAUUGCAUCCUUGAAUCGAAUAAGCGGAGGAGAUUGCAGCCUUAAAUUCAAGAGCCUUAUGAGUGAAAUCUCGAAAUCUCCAACGCUAUGGGAGAAAUAUUACUCCAUCCGGAAUGAGUGA